AUGCUGAAAGGUCCAAAUGAUGAUGUUAUGGAGCAGGAGAGUGCUGCUUCCCAACAUGGAGAAUUGACAAGCUGGGAUAUCAAUGACAUCAAACUUCCCCAGGACGUAAGACAGACAGACUGGUUUCAAGAGUGGCCAGAUUCCUAUGUAAAACAUAUCUAUAGCUCAGAGGAUAAAAAUGCUCAGAGGCACCACAGCAGCUGGGCAAUGAGAAACACCAACAACCACAACUCUCGCAUUUUAAAAAAGUCCUGCCUCGGGGUGGUAGUCUGCAGCAACGACUGCUCGACCUUGGACGGGAGGAAGAUCUACCUCAGACCAGCCAUAUGUGAUAAAGCUAGGCAAAAACAACAGCGGAAAUGCUGUCCAAACUGCAAUGGACCCCUGCGUCUCCUUUCCUGCCGAGGCCAUGGUGGUUACCCAGUUACCAACUUCUGGAGGCAUGAAGGCCAAUUCAUAUUUUUUCAG